AUCAAAUGAAUAAUAUAUAUCGUGCGAUGAACGAUUUUCAUAGUAAGACAUGCAUACGAUUUGUACCAAGGACGAACCAAUAUGAUUAUAUCGACAUUCGAAACGAUAAUUCUGGAUGCUGGAGUUACGUUGGCAGGCUAGGCGGUAGACAACAGGUGAACUUGCAGACUCCUGGUUGUACAUAUUACGUAGGAAUCCCCGUACAUGAGAUGAACCACGCCGUCGGCUUUUGGCACGAACAAUCUAGAGAUGACCGAGAUAAUUAUGUGUCCAUCAAUUGGAAUAAUAUCCCACAAAACCUACAGCAUAAUUUCAACAAGUAUAACCCGGAUCAAGUCAACUCUUUUAACGUCGUUUACGAUUACGCUAGCGUGAUGCAUUACGGAAAGUACGCGUUUGCCAGAGAUCCCAAUGUACCAACCAUUUAUACAAAGUUUCCAGUCAAUGAUAAUGUACUCGGUCAGAGAGUUGGCCUUAGCGACUCAGACGUUACAAAAAUCAGAAGAAUGUACGGAUGCUAAGUGUAAAGUUUGAGUGUAAUUAGCAUUUAUGUCAAAGGUCAGUACUGAUGAAGAAAUAUGGCUUUGAUAAUGGUUUUCUGUAUUUAAACAAUUUUUAAUUAAAAAUAUUUAAUAAAAAUUUAUGUGUUACAAAAAAUAAAGAAUACUUUAGCACUGUGCAUAAAAUACAUGACUAAUUGUAAAUCUUUUUUUCUAUGUUAUUGGCAAAUAACGUAAUUUGUAUCAUCAAUAAAUAUUAAUCUUGAUUAAAUAUUAUAAAUGUACUUGUGCUUCUUUUGUACAAAUGUACAUAUAGUGAUAACAUUUAAUAGUGCAACAG